GGGGGGGCGCGGCCGCCUGAGCCCCGUCACGGGGCUCCUCGGGACGUGCCGGGGGCUGGAUGCCGAGGGACGGCUCUUUUCUCGGGACACGGAGCCGGGCAGUAACCGCGGAGUGACCUGGAGGCCCCGCCGUGUGGAAAUUCAGGACACACAGCGUGCACAAAUGAAUCCGGGAGGGUUCCUUUGUUCCUGUGCUGGGGGAACGCGUGCCUGAUACCGUGCCUCUUGGGGCUGGCUUCGUUUUUUCUUUUUUCAACAUGUAGUUAAAACAAUCCUGAAAUGCCUUACGUUCUGGAGCAGUAAAAAACUACAGAAUUUUGCAAAAUUUAAACACCCACUCUGAGGACUUUUCUAGCCUGUUUAGGCAAAGUAGGUACAUUUUAUUUACACCAGUUUUCUAGACACUGGGCGAUGAUGUGUUCGUUCCUGUCUUGCAAACAGACUGAUGGGAAUUGCUUUGUUCUGUGAAAAGCCCUAUAGGACUUAUGCAGGGAGCCUCAAUGGUUGAUCCGUGUAUCUUCUAACUUGUAAAUUUGAACUUUGGAUUCACUUCCCUGAAAGAAUUUGAGAAAAGUAGAAGGAAUUAGGGGUGGGGGUGGUGUAGCUGUUUGUUUUUUCCUUUCUAUUUUACUAGAGCCAAGGAAAGGUGGGAAGGUGGUUUUCUUGUUUGCAGCCACAUAUGUGCUUUGUCGACCUGUAAGGCUUUCUACCAAAACGGCUUGUGUGGCCAUGUAUAGGUAGCUUCUUUGUUGUAGUACCGCAGGAGCUUGAGAAUGGUGAAACUGACAGUGACCAUCCUGGGGAAAUCCUGAAGAAAGGGAAUGUGUGUGAGCUCUGUGCUUGUCUUUUGCUCCCUUUGAAUAUUUAUUCCUUUAGGAAAAGGGAAGUGUGUUUCUGGGAAAACAGUAAUCACUUAUUUCAUUUGACUGUCAGUUCGGUGUGUCUUUAGAAGCCUCAUCACCUAAUUUAGUGGCGGUGCUUUUUGGUUUGUUUUCCUUUUAGAUUGUUUUCUGGCCAAGGUCUUUCGUGCAGCUACUCAGGUUCUUAGUGGUAUAGGCAAUUGCCUUGUGCCUGAGACUUCUGCCUCUCUUUCUUUUCCUUUCUCAAUACAAUUCUCCUUCCCUAAAUCUCCAGUAAAAUUGCUACAGUGCUUUAUUUGCAAUAGUUUGGAUUAGCCUCAAGUUUGUUCCUGAAGCUGAUAUCUGGCAGUCAUCAAAACUGUAAAUACCAGACCGCAUAGCUCGAAGUCUGACAGGCAUCUGGUAUGGACCUUGGAUUUGUUACUGGUUGCUCCCCUGUUUGCUUCAGCAUGUGAGAGGGAGUUGUUUGCCUACCUGAGAUACAGCCUGGAGAUUCAGGCAAUCACCCAUGAUUCUUGGCUUGCAGAACUUAGGUAAUGCCUUCUUCAGCUUCCUAAGGGAAGGCAAGUCAGAGAUCUACAGAUGUGUUCCUAGAAGGAUUCUGAGAAAGAAUAAUCAUCUUGGUGCUGUGGUGAAGAAACUGGGGAUUAUUUGGUUUGGGUUGGGUUUUUUUUGUCCAAGGUGGGAUAGGGUGCAUGGCAUGGCACACAGUGGAGGGCAGUUCACAUGAUGUUUGAAAGAAAUGCAAGUUAGAUCAGUGUUUCUAAAUAAAUUACUUUGCACUUCAGAAUUUAAAAUACAUAGUCCUACAUGGUGUAAAUUCCCUUGUAUGCAUGUCCCAGUUUUGGAUUCCUCACCCUUUUUGGGGUGGAGUUUUUUCUGUUUGGCUUUUUUGUGGAUUGGGAUUUCUCUGAUUAGGCCAGGAUCCUGCAUUUUCUCCAAAGAGUGGAGACUAUAUUCAUAGUUACAUCACUACUCUACACAGCUAGUUUUUGUUUCCAACUUCUUUGUAUUAGUAUAACCUUUAUUUGAGCAGAAGUCACAGCUACUCCAUAGAUGGUCUGUGAGCCAUUAUUUCUGACACUUAAAAUAAGUAAGAACUCUUCUGUACAGUUAAGUUUGUACAUAACUAGGUGUUUCAUUGGACUUUAUUUUCUCUUCUGAAAAUAAAAUAUAUUGUUUGUUAGUUUGGGGAGAUAGGUAAAAGUUGCUGUAUCUUUCAUUGGUCUAGGAAUUUUUUUUCUGGACAUUUGCAUCCUGCUUUCUGAACCCCUAUCUCUCACAAUAACAGUUGAAUUAUAAUUCAAUUAUAAUUAUAAUUCAAGUCCUAAUCCUGCUUUUAGUUUAUUGAGUUUAUGCGCUUUUUUUUUUCAGGUUUAAAUAAAACAUAAAAGAGGUAUAUAAUGUUCAUUAAUGUACUGGAUGUAUUUAAUACCUCAUUUCUUUUGCAUGACAGCCAGAAGAACUCAGGAUGAGUAAACCAAAUAAUUUUGAUGUUCAAAGUACAUUCUGUGUUCUCUGUGGACGGACAGAUGACUGCCCUGAAAAGUAUGGAGAAAAAAGGAUCUAUGUGGAAUACAAUCUCACUGUUCAUUAUUACUGUUUGUUGAUGUCAAGUGGCAUUUGGCAGAGAGGGGAAGAAGAUGAAGGUGUGGAUGGAUUUUUAAUCACAGAUAUUAGAAAAGAAGUAAACAGAGCUGCAAAACUGAAAUGUAAUAUCUGUAAGAAAAAGGGUGCUUCGAUUGGAUGUGUAGCUCCUAAAUGCAAACGAAGUUACCAUUUUCCUUGUGGGUUACAAAGGGAAUGCAUUUUCCAGUUUAUGGAAGACUUCAGAUCUUACUGUUGGGAACAUAGACCAGUCCAAAAGUUUACGGACAAAGAACCUAGAGGAGCUUCACAGUGCACAAUAUGCCUGGAUUUGGUUGAACAUCUUCCAGUGUAUACUGUAUUGAAAAGUCCUUGCUGUAAAAAUGCUUGGUUUCAUCGAGAAUGCUUGCAGUAUCAAGCUUUGAGUGCUGGGAUAUUUUUCUUUAGGUGCACAGUAUGUAAUAACAAGGACAAAUUUCAAAAAGAAAUGUUGAGAAUGGGCAUACACAUUCCAGAAAGGGAUGCAUCUUGGGAACUUGAAGAAAAUGCAUAUCAAGACUUACUGCAUUGUUAUCAACACUGUGAUGUUAAAAGAUGUCUCUGUAAGAAAGGAAGAGACUAUAAUGAACCUGAUAGUAAAUGGGAAAUAAAGCGUUGUCAGUAUUGCGGUUCUCGUGGGACUCAUUUGGCCUGUUCGUCUAUGAAGUCAUGGGAGCAAAACUGGGAGUGCAUGGAAUGCAGAAGUAUCUUUGCAAAAUCAGGAAAGUAUAGCAAACGGAAAAAGCGUGCUUUGGCUACCUCUGAAAAGACAAAUGGGACGACUUGUUUGCUGGAAGAGCCACCUCCAAAGUCCCCUCGGCAAUCAUCUGGAUCUCCACGCAAUUUUCUACUCCAAUCAUCAAAGAUAAUGUGCCAGAACUUGUCACCAUGCUCACACCUAGAACUUCCAGCAUCUGACAGAAUGACAACGUCCUUAUCUCCAGUGAAGUCAAACAGGAGCUGGUCCCUGACGCAAAAGCAUUUAAGAGAGCAAAGAAGGGAAGUUUGUAAUAUACUGAAGGAGUUAAAGGUACAAGUUAAAACAAAAACAACAAGACUUAACAUCAAUGCAGAAAGUAUUUGGAGUAAUGCUUUAAAAGGAUUUAGACAGCGCAACUUCAGUCCCACAAACACCAUUGAAGUAAAUUUCUCAAACUGCAAAAAUAGAUCAAAGACAAAUACUUCUGCUGCAUCAAAAUACCAUUUCUUCCAAUUAUUAAUUCUUCACCUUCAGAAUUCAUCAUUGUUUGAGGGCUCUUCUGGAAAGAACUUGGCCCUUGAUUUUCAAGCUGUAAAAGAAAAUCUUUAUUUUGAAGCUGGUAAAAUGAUUGCGGUUUCUCUGGUUCAUGGUGGUCCAUCUCCUGGUUUCUUUUCCAAAACACUGUUCGAUUGCCUUGUCUACGGUCCAGAGAAUGUGAAGCCAGCUUUGGAAGAUGUUGCUGAUGUUGAUGUAGCACAAACAAUACAAAUGAUAAAAUAUGCAAAUAGUCUGUCCAGCCUACAGUCUACACUACAGGACUGCUGUGAAUUCCUCACUGCUGCUGGAUGUUUAAGACCUGUAACAGAUUUGUGUGAUAAGAACAUGCUGGUGAAUGACAUAUUGAUCUAUCAUGUAAUCAAGAGAAUUACUUUACCCUUAGAAAGUUUUAGGCAGGGUUUGAAAACUCUUGGCGUUCUAGAGAAAAUGCAAAUGCACCCAGAUGCAUUCUCUAGCAUAUUGUGCCACAAACCCGAAAGACUUUCAGCGGAAACUAUUUGUGAUCUCUUUACAAUCCAUUCCUCAUCAGAUGUAAAUAAACUUAAAGGUGCUGGUUUUUGGAUGGGCUAUUUGCGAGAUGUGGAAAGUGGUGAGUCUGUAGUGACAUUGGAGGAUAUUCUGCUCUUCGUAACAGGCUCCUGUUACAUACCAUCCAUUGGUUUUGAUCCUGAACCUACUAUUAAAUUUUUGCAUAUAAGGUAUCCCAUUGGAAAGAGACUUCUUAAUUGCUUAGAGCUUCCUAUAACAAAGACAUAUCAGCAGUUCAAAAAUAAAAUGGAGCUCACCAUCAGAAACACACUAAGAGUUGAAGGGGAGUAAGUAUUUUUGCUGUUAAACUGAAUGUUGGAAACUUGAGUUUUCUGCAGGAACAUCUGCUUUCAGUUCGCUACUGUAUUUUUGGACAACAUACUUUUAGUAUUUUCUGACCCUUCCCCCAGAAUUAUGCUAAAAGUUGUAAUGUUAUGAGAUAGAAUACAAUUUCCAAAUUAAAAAAAACUUUUAUUUUUUCAGUAAUUUUCCUUUUGAAGUCAACUUUAAGAGUCAGCCAUCUCUUGCAGAAGUAGUUUAAAUGUCAGCUUUUGCUGUAGACAGGUAUGAAAUGUUACCAAACUCUGUAACAGGUAAGUAUAUGGAUUGUAUCAAAUACUUAGGUAACUUAUUUAUCAAAAACAAAUCAGGUACAUUUUGAAGAUAAUUGCUACAGAGCAUUGUCUUGCAUAAAGCUGUGAUGCAGUUCUUUAAUUCCAUGUUUAUUUUUUCAGUAAUUGUUUUGUAUUGAUUCAUUUACAUUCCAAUGGUUCAUAGAAACCUAGGAAAUUCAAAAUACUUACAGUUUUACAGUCGUUUUGGCUAGUUCUUUAAAGGUCUGGAGAAAACAUAGGCAAAAUAAUGCAGCGCAAGAACACAAUCAGAUUGAACUUGUCUCUGUUCAACAAAAUCUUUGCAUUCGCACAUUUCUGCAUUCUACUUCCAUACAUUUUUAAUUACUCAUAGAGCCAAAAUAGUACAAAUCAGAAUAAAAUCUUGAACAUGCAACAAUAACCGGUCUUUCAAGGCGAAAUAUAGGAGUUAAUGUUGUUGAGUAUGAAAAGAAGUUUGUCACUCAUUAGAAUAUGUAAACUCGUCUUCCAUUAAAGUCAAUAUUUUCCUACGACCAUGCUCUAAAGCUCUUAGUUAAACUGAAGGCAGUCUACCAUCAAUCUUGUCUGGGCCUGAUACUUUUCUAGCUUCUGUUCUAAACUCUUCCUGUUCAAUCUUAGAUGAAUUCUGAGCACUGUAUAAAAUAUAUGUUAGUGCUGUAGUAAUUUGUAUAAAUGGCUGGGCCAUUAAGCUGUAAAAGUUAAGUAGUGAAGUUCCUACACAGCAACACUUUAAUGUUACUAAUGCUAGAACUAUGAAAUUAAAAGGACACUUAAGUAUGUUCUUUUUAAAUGUAUGCUGCUCUCUGUUUUGAAAUUACUAUUUCCCUCUGUCAGUUUUGACCACCUGUACUAUGUGUCCUGAACAUCAGUUGUGCUAUAGAUGUAAUAUAGAUACAUAUGUAUCUGUAUAUAUCUGUAUGUAUCCACGUUCUUCAAAAUACUGAAAAGUAAUCAUAUACUUUCUUAUUUAAUAUAGCUUGGUUUGAAUUGAAAAUAUAAGCAGGAUUGCUUUAUAUUUGUAUACCUUCGCAAGAAAGUACAUCCACAGUAAUUACAAAUGGAUAGGUGCUUCUGAAAAAAUAAUAGAAAGUCUAAGGAAAUUAUUGCAAGUAUUAAAUCAAACAUUUCUCACUACUUCUAAUGGCUAGAACAAUCUAGUCUCAUCAGUCUUGUCAUUAAAAAUUUAAGAGUAUGAGAAGUUAAGACAGCAUUAGCAGUGGGUUUUGCUUAUUGGCCAAAAGCAUAUUCAAGUCUCCUUUAAAAUAAGUGCAUGAUCUCUUGGAGAAUGUAAUUUGACUGUUUAUAUACUCAGCAUUUUCUCAGUGUCUUCUCUCCAAUAAUAUUCUGUGUUUCUGAUCUUUGCAUAAUUUUUGACUCUCAUUCUGCCAAUAAAUGCUUUGUAUUCUUAGCCUUCAGAAUGGUUUAUUACCAUUAUAGGGAGUGGUUUGGCACAAAUUUGUUUACAUAAUAAGGAUUCAUAUUGUAUGUUUGUAUUUUUAAAAUGUAAUGAGUUUCCUGCAGAUAUAAUAUUAUACUUUAAAAAUGAGUAGUGUACUCAGUGCAGUAUUUGUUUUUCUUGCCUAGUUAGAGAUAAAUGUGUUCUGUAAUGUUAUUCUUCCAUGUGAAAAAUACAGAAAUUACAAAAGUAGCAAGCAGAAUGUGAGUAAUUUUGAAGGACAGUUCUUGGACUUUUGGUACCUGCAGUGACAAGAGAAAUUGUUCAGAACCUGGAACUAAAUAAACUGCAUUUUAAGACCUUCAAUGGAAAAAGAAAUAAUAAAAUAAUGUGAAUAUAAGCCUUCAAAACAUACCUGAGAUUACAAAAAUAGAGUUCACACCUUUUUUGCUUAUUACUUUUGAACUCAACAGUUGAAAGGUUUUUAUAUAAAGGCAGAAUUAACCUAUAUGUUGGGUGUAAAAAAUGUUAACUUUUAAAACUAUCUGCUAUACAAUGCUAUAUCCAAACACUGAAUUUGUAAAAUCACACAAUGUGUAAUAUUGCUUGAAAGAGUUUUUCUUCCACAGAAUUUGCUCCCAUUUUCUAAUACUGACAUGUACCCAUUCAGGACAAGUUGUCUUUCCUUUUCUGUUGUUUGAUCAGCUCUAUCUAGACACUCCAGUAUAAUACUUAAUAUAUUCAAGUUGUAUUCCUGGAAUAUGGAAAGGAAUUUCCUCAUUUUCAGCAUUAAUUUAUAUAGACCAAUCAUAAAUUUAUUUGAACUGUUCAUUAGAAUUCCACUGAAUAAGCUAACUUCCAAAUACAGAAUGGUCUCCCUUGUCUUGAAAUUGUAAGAGCAAUUUAUGUAGCUAUAAGGGCCAUAGGGUUUUUUAUAGCAGAUCACUGAAGUGCAAUAUUACGGGGUAGUUUUCAUUUUACAUAAACAUAACCUGAGGCACACCUGGCAACUAGGGAGAUUGCUUACUUUCAGUAUUUCUGUAACACAGGGAGAAUAAUUGAUAUGCAUCAGUUGUGUAUUAAAUAUAUUCUUAUAGAAGCUGCAUCUUUUACAAGAUUUGUCAGCACCACUAAAGAACUAUUGCAGUCCUUUUUGUGUUUGGCCAAAGAACUUCACCCCACAGUUUGUGCAUCAAAACCCUUAGCUUCCAUCUGGAAUUAGCACAUCAAAUAAGCUAUUUAUUUUCUAGAGUCAUAAUUUUCUACUAAACAAUAAUUAGUGGGUUUAGUAUGGUCUCCUUAACAAUGCACAUAUAAUUAAAAAAACACCCUGAAGUAUUUUAGCUCUAUGUUUGAAAAGCCAAGGAAUAAGAAAUUUCUGUGACUUGCUUUUUUACUCAUUCAGAGGAUGCUUACAGAAAAGCUGUUAGCCUUUUAAACUGGUUUAAGAGUGAAAUAUAUUCCAAAGGAGAAAAAUAUUUGUUCAUAGUAAAAGUCUAAACCAUUGCGUGCUGCAGCUUUGAUUUUUUUCAUUAAGAUGUUAAGUCCUGGGAUUUGAAAACAGAGGAUUUUGAGAGUAUUAGUUAAUUAUUCACACUCACAUUCUGCUUAUGCAUUUUGAAAAUAGUAUCAAAAAAAAUCUGAUUUUAAUUGAAGGAAUUGCAACUUUGAAGCCUGCAAAAUAAAUUUGAAAAUCGUAUCUUGAAUCUGUAUUAUAUAGUAAAACGUGUUUAAAGCUCAAACUUUACCAUUUCUUACCUAAGGCAAUUUCUAGUUGGACAAAAGAAGAAUUAACAUGCAAAAACUUCUGAAGUGUCAAAUCAUAUGUAUACAGAAGAUCAUUUUCCAAAUGGUGAUAUUUGUUAAAAAGCUACACUCUAACCCUCUGAUUUUUGUAUUACAUAAACAAUGUUCUUUUUUAAAGUUACGGUAUGUAGGAUGUUAUGCAAGAAAAUGUAAUUUUGUAAAUAUUUUUAGCUGUAACUUGAACUGCAGGAUCAGUGCCUGAACUGUUGCAUCUUCAAGCAACAUUUUACAUGGCAGGUGUAGCAUCAGUGUUCAAAUAAUUUGUAAUUGUGGGAAAUACUAUGUAUAUAUUCAAAGUGCAAUAAAAGGUUAAAUAUGUA